AUGCUUCCACCACCACCCGAAGUGUAUGAUAGUGCCAAUGAGCUCUUUCAAGCUGCACAAAGCUUCGCAAAUACCCAAGGUUAUGCGCUAAUUAAAAAAAGAACUCGAAAAGAUAACUAUGAUACUUCUCAUUCUGAAGGCUCAUUUCAAUCUCUUACAAGAUUUACAGCAAAGUUAAUAACUUUGCAAAACACCAAUGUAAUUAGUACCAAAGGACAUCCUUUAGAAGCUUCUAGUCACCAACAAACUAACUCAACCAAGAAAGAUUUCUCUGGUUUUGAGUUAGUAGAACCCAAAGUAAAGCAUUGUACCAUUUGUCGGCAACCUGAGCACAAUGCUC